UUUAGAGGCGUCAGGGUCGGGAUCGAACCCACGACCUCCUGUAUACCGGGCGAGAUAGUUAACUCCUCGCCUACGUGGCGCCCAAACAUAACAUCAUAACAAUUAACAUCAACACAACAUUCAAACUGAAGUGUCUUCCAGUAAUAAAAUGUACCUAAAGCCCGAGGGAUAUUUGCACUCAUAACUUAACAAGAAAAUAGCAGACAUUGUGAUACUGACAGGGGCUUAGGCUCUUUUUUGUGCGUUGCCUAGCACUGCGGCCACCUCGCUUUCAACUUCAUGCCCCUUGUGUAGGUCACCAUAGCAGGACUCUUCUAAAUAUGGUGUUGAAUGCGCGUGGCUGGCUUAAUAUACGGAUGCUGUUAUCUCUAUAGAGCCCUUGCUGUCGAAGCCUUGGGCAUUCUGUCGCGACAGGCAAACCGAGAACGCCGCUUCGUCGAAGGGGGCAGACAGGCACAUAAACAUUAUUCGUUGAGUGACUUUAAAAAAAAUAAACAUUUGUUGCAGCAUUAGGGCUAUUUACAAACAGGGUUUCUUAAUUGCGAGAAUAGGCAUGUUUCUGGAAGGGCUAAAGAUUGUGACGCUGCCGGGGAAAGGACGCUGCUUGGUGACCACAAGGAGUUACCGAACCGGGGACGUCAUAUUCUCAGCAAAGCCUUACGCUGCAGUGGCAUUUGACAGCCACCUUGCUCAGGUUUGCCACAGCUGCUACCGCUCGGGCCAAAACCUGCUGCAGUGUGGUCGCUGUGGCUUUGCCUUCUACUGCGAUCGGACGUGCCGACAAGAAGGCUGGCCACAGCACAGUUCGGAGUGCGCCGACAUGCAGAGCUGCGGCCUGCCCACGGACAACGUUCGGUUGGUGGCCCGUAUUUUGAGGCGGGCGAUUAAGGACAGUGUUUUUGGAGCAGAGGGCGAAAUCAUUUCUCCAGAUCGGCUGGAAACACACAUCGAGAGGCUGAGCAACGACGAACGGCAAGCUAUGGAGCGAGACGUGACAGCGUGCCUGCAGUUCUGCCCCGCGGCAUCAAAGCACUUUGACACAGCCUUCAUACUGCAAAUGCUUCAGAUUGUAAACCUCAACAGCCUUAUCCUGACAGACCAGAGUGGUGUCAAAGCCAUGGGGGUGGGCCUCUUUCCAACCAUCAGCCUGCUUAAUCACGACUGCUGGCCCAAUUGCUGCGUGACCUUCAACAACGGAAACCGCCAAGCAAAUAAAGCCACCUUCCACUCCAGUGCGAGGGCGGAGCUGCGUGUGAUGCGAGCGAUCAACGCCGACGAGGAGCUCACCGUCUCCUACCUGAGUUUUGUCGGUCUGGCGGAGGAGCGCCGAGCCUUCUUGCUCCGAGACUAUUUCUUCGAGUGCAACUGUGUCCACUGUCAGGAUCACACGCAAGAUACUUUGCUCACUGCAGCCAAGUCAAAAGAUAUCGAUGCCAAACAAGUCGUGGAGGACUCCAAACAUGCCCUUGGGAAGGUUGACAUGGCCCUGGCAGAGAAGCACUGGGACGAGGUGUGGAGCCUGUGUAAAGAGGCUCUGGACAAACACCUGCCGGUGCUCGCAGACACAAACAUCUACCUCCUGAGGAUGCUGAGCGCUGCGGCAGAGGCUGCCACCCACAACCGGGAACUCGGCAUUGCUGCCAUCUACGCAGCCAGGGCUGUGACCGGUUAUCGUGACGUGUGCCACCCAAAGUCUCCACAGCUGCUGGAUGCGUUCGUGAGGGCUGGCGCUCUCUGCUAUGGCUCGGGCCUCUAUGAAGAUGCCCACACCUUCCUGUGCGAAGCGCUUGCCAUUCUCAUCGUCACGCACGGAGCGACGCACGCGAGGACAAAAUACAUCCAGGUGAUGAAGGCGAAAGUGGAGAGGGAGAUAGCUCUGCUGCGGAGAAACGAAGUCAUUCCCCGCGUUGUCCAGAGCGAGCGUGCCCUCGAGCGCAAGAGUGAGCUGCAUGGCCUACUGGCGCCGUACAUCAAGACCAUCUUCCCACGGAGAUACUGAGCCAGCCCCUUGCGGCGUCGGCGGGCGCGGAGGCACUGGAGGAUGAUGAGAUCUAGAGCAGAAUGCCCGAUAGAGGAAAGCAAUCGUAGAGGAAAGCAAUCGUUACUAGUUCUGUUAAUUAAAGUUGCUUUAAAGUGUGUUUAACACUGACUGUGGCAUGCCCCCUGUGUGAGUUUUCGUAUGGCCUUUCUCUUUACACACAACGUAAUGCUGCAGGGUUUUACUGAACCACCGUAAGCCAGUCGGUUUAUUUAAGGUAAGGCCCAUUGAAUUAAGAAGCUAUUUUUUUAGUGGUGACCCACCCAAAGAAUAUCAUUCAGGAAAUUAUUUCACUUGUGUUAGUCCUUGAGUCCAGACGAGAUAUUUCACUUGUCCGUAUCACCUGAGGUGGCACCACUUCAGCAGUUCUAAUUUCGUGACGUGGCCAACAACAGUGAAUGAUUUGAUAAUAAUUUUUAAAUAAGUGGGUUUAUAAAUCGGAAUGUCUAUAGUUUUUCUACUUUCGGUGAUACUGGGUUCUUCUCUGGCCCAUGGACUAUAUCUGGUGACUCACUUCAUUCACAAGUGUGCUGUAUGUUAUUUUACUUUUUAAAUGUGAUUUAUUUCAAACCCUGCUGCAUUUGAAAUGUCACCACCAAUCACAUCAUUAUGUCGUGCUUAUUUUGGAGAUUAUUUUAAAACAAUGUUUUUGAACUUGAAUCACAAUGGCUAAUAUAUGCUUAGAUAUGAAAAAGCUUGCGAAGGAGAAGGGAAACUCAACAAUUUGUAUCCGUUAUUAAAUUCACAAAUACGGCGUGAAAAAUAAAUCAACUUGUCAUACGCCAACGCACAGUAUUCACUCGCUAUUAAAGAGAGAGAACGAGUCAAGAGGCACGAGGAGCGAUAGGCAAGCAGGAAAGGCAGCCAGGCACUGAGCUGGUGCCAAAUUUCCUCCCCAAGUUCUGCGGUCCUCUGUUGUUGAAGGUGUUAGCCAAUUAAUGAGUGUUUACGUGAUUGCAAUGUUGGUAUGCUGUGACACUGAAAAUGUAACUGUUUAAUUAUAUGUAUGGUUGCUUUUAUUUGCAUCCUAAAUCAUGGCUUGCUUGUAAUGCUUUACAUCUGGCUUGGGUUUUAAUGAGCCACUGAAUUAACUUUAAUGCCCUAAUUCAUGACAUUGUUAAUCAGCACUUGUAACUGAAUCCUUUUCACUACUGCCAAACAGGUAUUUCAGCAAGUACUGCACUGUAAAAAAAGUAUAAGCAACGUUCAUUACCAUAAUUAUCUUAAAUUUUAUUUUACACAAAUAAUUAUAAGCAAGAAUUGCAUUUAUCGAACGUUACCGAUAAAAAUGUGUUCAGUUUAAAGUUAACUAUUGUCGCCAAACAAAUUUUAGAUGUGCUAUGAAGAAGGGCAAUUGCCCAAAAGCCACCUGAAAUAUAUAUUUUGUCCUUUUAAUGUAGUGUUAUUGACAGAUCUGUUAAAGCUUGUAUUACUUAGCAACACACUCCAUUUAAAAUGUCGUGCUUUCCAGGGACCGCUAUUAUAACUUGUUCCAACAUUAUUCUUCGCAUCUCCAAAGGGACAGAACGACCUGUGACAACUGAAGGGAGGUGGUAGUCAUCUGCGUGACAUGUCACGUCAUGGAAAACAGCUGACGAGUCCAUAUGACAGCAAGACAUGUUUUUUUCCUAAGUGCGUUCCUUGCUGAAAGCCGACUAAUGCCCUUAACAAAAGCUCGAAUCCACAAGUAAGCAGGGUACAAACAUCGAUUUAAAACAAAGGUAAGCAUAAAAUUGGUGAAUGGAAAAUGGAAGUGCCUGCAAUAACCAUGCUCCAUUAAACUGCACUUGCUGAAUCAUGCCAACAAUAUACUGUCGUUUGCAAAUGUGUGGCUUUUGGACAAUUCAAUGCAUUCUGCAUGAGGGGGCGGUGGUGCUGUGGCUUGCACACGACGCUGUGCACCCGAGUUGGAUUCCCGGCCACGGCUACAAAUCCGCAGUGAAAGGGUCCUGGGAACCCCUAUCCACAAACCCAUCACCGUGCCAGCCUUCAUAGGUGCUCGAGAACAGCACUUGCCCUACAGUCUGUUAAAGGCUAUACGGAGGAUCUUUGUCUUAUGAAUAUGAUAUGUUGGUCACAGGAAAUAUGUCAUUCUCCAUUCAAUUACUGUCAUCUGAAGAGUCUUAAGAAAUUAGAUGUGCAUACUGUGUGAUGCCUUUAUGAAGACAACAUUUAUCUCUGGUGAAAGGCAGGGUUCAUUACAAACGUGGUGAUUAUACAACAACAAAAAAUAACUGUGAGAGAACCCGUUGCUCUACAGCAGAAAAUAAAAAACAGCUGUCAUUUGAAUAGUCUAUCAGACCUGCAGUAUUAUCUGAUAAAGCUCAACAUUGCUCAGUGCAAAUCAAUUCCUGCCACCUGUACACAGAUGCCAAUUCCCAGACUGUCGAGGUCAAACUCCAGACAGGUGGCAACUCUUCCACCUCUGUAGGUCCUACAGUCUAUAACACCUGUUAUGCAUGGUGGUCACCUAUCGAAUAACUAUCCCGGCUCGAAUCCUGUGUUGCGUUCCUACCAUAGUGACGACGUGAGGUAGUAACAUUACUGAAACUGCAGGGGGCAGGAUUGCAUUUUCACAGGAAGGCUAUGAAAUAGCGCACCCGUUUGUUGACUUUGCUCAAUAAUACUGCGGCAUAUUGAGAGAGACAGGUGUGCACUGAUUUCAUGGGCAUAUAGACAUUAUAGCCAACAUUUAACAAAUUAUAUAACUGUGUUACCUACUUCAAAUAAACGUGUGCAUGUUUGCUUUCGGUAGCCGUGUCUAACGGAAUACCACCUGUGCAAUGUUCCGCAAAUCUUUACAUUUUCGCUGCGUGCGAUUGCGCCAUGAGAGUUCUAAAUCUACGACUUAUCCAGCUCAAACAGUAUACUCAGAACCAUCAUAAAAAAUAUAUAUAUUAGAUAAAGAUUUUUAAAUCACACAAUGUAUGUUUGUGUAAAGCAUAUAUAUGCGCGGGGAAUUUUAAAUCAGAAAAAGCAACGCUUAAGGAUUUUGGAGGCACAUUUGAGGUACAGGACCAACGCAUGCCUUUGGCCAUCAGCACGGGUUUUAAGAGUCUGUGCAAAUGAGUAGGAAUAUGUAAACAAACGGAUCACGUGGCAUGGAUCAUUUGAAACGCAUACAAAUGUAGUGUGUUGUUGAUUGACACGCGUGUUCAACUUAGGAUGUUGCUCGUUGCAAAAUUUCGUCAUUCAUGCACAACAUACUUCCUCCUUGAGUGUGCCGAACACCAUCUGUGUACAGCACUUACGAAGUGGCCAUUGGGUGCAAUUCAAACAUGUUGGUGAGAAAGGGGCCCACACUGGCAUUGUUAUUCUGAUAACUGUUGCUGCCUGGAAAGAGGCCAAAUUUCAAUUAGCCAACUUCCUGGUUUUGUAUUAAUAAUGAUCUAUGUACAUUCUGUUUCACUUAUUGCUUGUUGUACCCUUUUGGAACGCAACAAUGCCCCUACUCACGAAUUCACAUUACCUUCAAGGGAAAUUGUUUUUCAAGUUGGAACCACGUAAAAUGAUUCAUAGUUCCAUGCAAUAGUUUGAAACGUUUACUGAGAAACCAAUGUGCUGUAUUGCUAUAAAAGAGUGUUGUUUUUUUUU